AUGGACACCAGCUAUCUUGCCCAGCAGGUCAACGCCAGCAUAGGCCAGCUGCACGGCCUAUUCGACGAGAUUGGCGUACCGAACCAUGAGCGCGAGGCUCGCGAAGAAGAGCUCUUUGAGGCUCUCUCGGAAGCACUGAACAGCCAAGUACGGCUGGUGACGGCUGAGAAGAAGGAGAUGGUCGACGAGGCCAAGAAGAUCAUCACAAUCAUUCGUCAGAUGGAAGCCUCACUAGAUGACACCAAGCACCGCAGAGAAAAGGACGAAGACGACUUCGCCAUCACAUACCCCCUCAACCGCUGCCUACAAACCCUCAAAGAGAAACAUAUCCAGAUUAGCAGACUUCACAAAGAGCGCUUCGAGCAAGUCAGAAAGCUUGUUGAAGCAUUAGAGUCAUACUCGUCGCAUCUGGAGCCUACAUUUGUACAGCUCGCACUACCUCCCACAGGCCACAACCAGUCAAUCCCCACCAACUUCGACCUCUCACCCACCUAUGUAGACAAGCUCGAUGGUGAAUUCACCCGCGUGUAUGAGGAGUAUACGCGUCGUAUUGCCACCGUCCAGACAUUGUCAAACGACGUCAUCCAGCUUUGGGCUGAGUUGGGCAUUCCCCAAGCGCAGCAGGAUGGCGCCAUCGUCAAGUACUACAGAGAUGCGCCAGAGCAGCUGGGUCUCCACCAGGAGGACCUGGAUCGCCUCCGCACCAAGCGUGACCGGCUCUUCGAGGAGAAGAAGUCUCGUGAGAAGAGGCUCCGGGAUCUGAAGGUUGCUGUUGAAGCCCUCUGGGUGAAGUUGGAGGUGGACCCGGCAGAGACCAAAGCCUUUAUUAAUCAGAACCGCGGAUGCGGUGUUCGCCAGAUCAACGAGUUUGAGGACGAGCUUGCACGUCUCAAUGAACUGAAGCGCCAGAAUCUCCACUUGUUCGUCGAGGACUCUCGGGUCAAGCUCCAGGAGCUUUGGGAUUCGCUCUACUUCUCUGAGGAUGAAAUGCUUGAGUUCACUCCCGCCUUUUCAGAUGUAUAUAGUGAUGCCCUCCUUGAAGCCCAUGAGCGAGAGGUUGCAAGGCUUGAGGCACUCAAAGAGCAGCGUGGACCUACACUUGCUCUGAUUGAUCGCCACAAGGAGUUGAUCAGGGAGCGCGAUGACCUAGCCACUUCCAGCCAGGAUGCCUCUCGACUCAUGAUGCGCGGCCAGAAGGGAGAGAAGCGCGACCCAGGAAAGCUUCUCCGCGAAGAGAAGAUGCGCAAGCGAAUUGCAAAGGAGCUCCCCAAGAUCACCGCCGAAUUGCGCAAAGUUCUGAGCAGAUGGGAGGAUGAGUACGGACGCCCUUUCUUGGUUUUUGGUGAACGAUAUCUGGACGAGAUUGAGGCGGCUGAUUCGAAGAGGUCGGCUCCUGCCGCCCGUUCCAAGACACCAGCAGGUCAUCCCUCAUCGGCAGUCAAGGCUGUUCCCAAGUCGGUCCCCAGCAGAGCGCCCAGCACCAGGUCAAUUCCCCCUCGUUCCAUGACCAAGACACCAACUGCCACUGGAGGCGGCGGUGGAACGUUCAGAAAAACGCCAGCAAAGGAGCCAGCAAAGGAGCCUAGUGGAAAGGGAAGCCCGUCGAGAAUCCCCGCCCGCGUCCCCCUAUCUAAUUUGAAGCAUGGAAACAAUUCGCCCGAGAGACCCAGGCCAGAGUCGAGGGCCGAUGGUCUUCGCAGCGCCGCUCCGAUGAGAGCACCACCGCCAAAGAUGAGAGAUCUUAGGGGCGUGCCCGAGCUCGAGACACCGGUCAACCCUUACAAGUCAGCUGGUUUGAAUGGCAGCAUCGUGCGGCCUAUUGAGCCUGAGGAUGUGUAUGAUGAUCGCCCACAGACAUCAAGGGGUGGGCGUUCCACCUCUAAUCAGUCCCAGUCUACUACAUUCUCUCACAGUACCAACCAGUCGCACAGCACACAACCAAGCAGCUACUACGAGGACCAGUAUGAUGAUUACGACGAUCGUUACGCAACCGUCCGUGGAAAUGCGUACCCUAUGGCACCGCCUCCCCGACAAGUGUCCAAUAAUUCACAGUCGUCUGUGAAUAUCUCAGGCUCCGAGAAUUGGGAGACAUACGACGACAACAGUGAGCCGGAGCCGGACGCCUCGGAUGCCUACUAUGCCAAGUUAAGGGCCGCCAGGGGGAAGCGCGUGGAGACUGAGCAGGGUGGUCGAUUAACGAGCAGCCAGUCCAAGCGGAUACGAGGCAUGCCCCCCUCGCAUGCGUACAACAACGCGCCCGUCAUGAUUGACCAGGACGGCAACCGUAUCAUCUCGGGCAGCGACUGGACCGAUGAGGACGCCUACUAG